UCUACAAAAAUCGUCAUUCUCAGUGGAACCUUCAGUUCAACUCAAUGCACAGAUCUUACUAAAUUUAAAAUGGUGUCACAUACUCGGAGUAAAGCACCUCACACUGCCGUUUUCUUCUUUAUCCUCGUUUCCUCUUUGUGCUGUCCUUCGCACGCAGGAUGGAAUGGCUGGGAUAAGGAGUUGGAUUGGUGGCAGGAUACGAUUGUCUAUCAAGUUUAUCCUGCAUCGUUCCAGGACUCGGAUGGCGACGGAAUUGGAGACUUGAGAGGAAUUCUUUCAAGACUGGACUAUUUCGUUGAAUCUGGGAUCAAAACAUUCUGGGUGUCGCCAAUUUUCAAAUCACCUAUGGCCGAUCUUGGCUAUGACGUAUCAGACUUUGAGAGUAUCAACAAUCUCUUCGGAAAUAUGGAAGAUUUCAAGGAGCUGAUGAAAGCAGUGCGUGAAAAAGGACUGCGCAUCCUGAUGGACUUUGUUCCCAACCACACAAGCAACGAACACGAUUGGUUCAAGCGUUCUGUGCGGAACGAAACGCCCUACAAGGACUACUAUAUUUGGAAGAACGGCCGGAACCAGCCGGAUGGGUCAGUUCUGCCGCCCAACAACUGGCUCAGUCUGUUUGGAGGAUCCGGGUGGACGUUUGUGCCCGAGAGGGGUCAAUACUACUAUCAUCAGUUCAGUGUCAAACAGCCCGAUCUUGACUUCCGGAACCCCAAAGUCAGGGAGGAGAUGUAUGAUGUGCUGAAAUACUGGCUGGACCUGGGUGUUGACGGAUUCCGCAUGGACGCCGUGAAGCAUCUGAUGGAAGACUCGUCGUUCAACGAUGAGACCUACAUCGACCCACGAGGCAACCACAUGAGUUACCUCAACAUGUACCACAACCUCACCACUGACUGGCACGAGACGUAUGACCUCAUCUAUGAAUGGAGACAGUUCCUCGACAACUAUGCCAGCAACUCCUCUGAUACCCACACCAGGUUGGAGAUCACCACAAAGAUAGGUAACCAUGACAACCACAGGGUAGCGACUCGACUGGGUGAAGACAUGGUGGAUGCUAUGGCGAUGCUAUCCAUGCUGCUGCCUGGUACGUCUGUCACCUACCAGGGCGAGGAGCUAGGACAACCUGACACUCUCAUACGGCGAGACCAGAUCAAAGAUCCCAACAACAACGGCUUGGGUGUGCUCGAUGUCAGGGACCCUCAGAGGGGUCCUUUUCUCUGGAACGACUCAGAAAAUGCUGGUUUCACAUCAAGGAAAAAGCCGUGGGAGCCAAUUCACCCAUCCUACUGGAAGCUGAACCUGGAAAGUCAGAAAGUAAACGAAAACAGUCACUUCAGGAUCUACCAGAGGUUGGCCGCCUUACGAAAGCAUGUCACAAUCCAGAAGGGAACCCUCACUACACAUGUAUUAUCUGAAUGGGUGUUUGCAUUUGUCAGGAGACACGCGGACAACGAUACAUAUGUGGUAGUGAUCAACUGUGGAAGCGAGAGGGAAGUAGUCGUACUGAGAGAUGAAAUAUCAAGGCUGCCAGAUUACCUGGAGGUGGUUGUUCCGAGUCUCAAUUCAGGAUACAAGAUCGGAGAUAUAGUGAACCCUGACGCUCUAGUUGAUAUCAGAGCCAGGCUUCUAGUUUUAAGACCGAAAGCAUCGGUUGUUCUCCGCAGCAGUUUCUCCAGGAUGCCCACACCUGACGAUGAUGGCAAAAGCAAGAAGAAAAAUAGUUCAACGUCACUGCAGCCCUUAUCAACUGGUGCUUUAUUCUUUUCAGCAUUAGUUUUGCUACUAAGGUUAAACAUGUCUUGGAUUUAGCUUUUCUACUAGAGAUAAACAGUGUAUUGGCUUUAGUUCAUUUAUUUAUUUAUUCAUUUAUUGUAUAAAACACUAUACCGGUAAUCAUAAUACAAUUAUGACAUUGGAGAAAAAACUAGGCUGAGCCUGUUCUAUUUCUCUCCAAAAUUUUGAUAAAAUGUUAAUGUUAAUUAAGAAUUCUUAGUUUCUGUUGUUUUUGAGUGAAAAAGAACUAAAUUUCAGAAAAGUGGAAUCAUAACCUCAUUUCGAACUUUUAAAUUAUUAUCUAAAUUUGUGGAGAGAAAUAGUACAAGGAGUAUCCUUAGUUUUUCUCUCCCAUUCAGUGUUUCUUGUAAAAAUUAGAAUAAUAAAAUAAAAUAAAUAAAUAAUGUUGUCCAAAAGUUAAGGUUAUGUAAUCACACACUGCUUCGUCACUUGAUUUUCGAUCCAGGAAUAAUGAAUUGAAAAUUUUGGAUUUUGAAGUUUUCUUACUAAGAUUUAUUAAAUAUGUCUUAGCUCUAAGGAUGGAAAUUUAAUUAAUUUAAUAAUUAUUAAUUCUUAGCUCCAAGUUUGAUAAUAAUAGGAUCAAACAUGGCAUGGUUUUAGCUCCACUGCUACUCAUGUCUGAAUUUGGAAUCAAACUGGAGUUAAUAAAAAGGAAAUAUAUCCUGAAGAUUCAAGAACGCUUUGGAGUGUCAUAAGAGUUCUACUAGCAUUUUUUGUUAACAAUACUAUGGGAUAGUGAUAUUUAUUUUCUUUGAAUGUGAGAGAUAGAUGCUUUAGGCUACAGGCUACUGUCUGAAUUCGGAAUCAAACUGGAGUUAAUCAAUAGGAAAUGUGUCCUGAAAAUUUAAGAACGCUUUGGAGUGUCAUAAGAGUUCUACUAGCAUUAUUUGUUAACAAUACUAUCGGAUGAUGAUAUUUAUUUUCUUUGAAUGUGAGAGAUAGAUGCUUUAGGCUACAGAAAAAGAUAGAGACUAAGAACUCUGCAUGUUUCUUGGUUUUUCUAAUGAGGAAUUGACGUUUCUUCCCUAACAUCAUUCAUUAGUAAUUAUUCAUUAUAUCAUCAACUUUAUUAAUUAGAAAUAAUCUAUUUUUUCGAGUAUUAUAUUAAGAAUAGUAUUUCACAAAUUAAUAAAACAAUAUAAAAAUCUUGAAUUACCCUUUAUUGUUUAAAAAAAUUUAAAAUAGUUCAACAACUAGUUUCGACCCUAACUUGAGUCUAAAACUAUUUUAAA